AUGAUGGUAGAUAAAGGGGAUAGAACCCCGGAAGUGUAUGAUCAUCACUUUUGGGAGAGUGAACCUUCCCUAACUCUGAGGAAGGUAGUGAAGCCUGACGGCACAAAGUUUCGGUACUUUGACGACAAAGGCAUCUUCAACUUUGUCUUUCUUCUUUGGGUAUACAGGUGGGUUAAGGAAACAUCAAAGAGGUACCUAGAUCCUUACAUGAUCCACCCUCUCCCCUUGGCUGACCAGAUUCUCAAAUGGCAGCCUAUUCUUUCUAAGCAUAUUAGUGAUGGUAUCGCAAGUCUGGAGGCAUAUGAAUACAUGGGUAAGGAUGGGCGAAAGAAAGCCCCCAAACCCGUAAAGUACAUUCUUUGCAGAGCCAUCUUCCUCACCUUUUGGAAACGGCUACUCACUGCUCUGCUGGGAAUUGUGAUUAUGAACGCAGUUGGCAUGAGUAUUGCCAUCUUUCUUCACAAGUUGCUUGGCCUAUUGUCCGACAGAGACUUUAGGUUCAUGGCAUUUUUAGGACUAGCCCUGUCCAUCAUUCUCAUGGAGUUGUUCAAGGAAAUUUGCAUGGACCACAUCAACUACUAUGUGCAAAGACUUGAAAUUGUGAUGGAUUCAUCUGUUCGUAUUUCACUGUUUCAGCAUGGAUUAUGCUACAGAAGAAGUCAAUUUGGGCAUCUCUCUAACAAUCCUGACUCUUGCAAGAGUGUCAUUCAUAAUUGCUCUGGAGAGGAUGUAUGCGCGGAUAAUCCAUUGCUGUGCCCAGCGAGGCGUUAUAAAAAUAAUGAUUUCACCCCCAAGAUCUACCCUCUAGUGCUAAACGACCCAUACUUCAUACCACUGUUUGUGGAGUUUAUGGCAGGAAUGAUUGAUUUUCUGACGGCCUUCACAUACGGUAUGAUUUUAAUGAGUAGCCAAUUCAACAUGGGAGCAAUGACUAUUCUCUUAAUCUCUUUUUCCUUGGUAGGAUGUAUGAUUAUUAUGGAGAUUUUAAACGGCUUCCUCCUAAAGUAUUAUUUUGGAGUGAGGGAUUACAGAAUUACAAAAACUUUUGAAGUCAUAUCUAAUCUUCCCUUGAUCCAGAAAAUGUCACUGGAUGAUAUCAGUCAAAAUGCUAUUACAGAGGCUAGAAAUGAUGAAUUAUUGUUUAUACUAAUUCGUUUCUUUUCUUCCUUGGUAAACAAGAUCCUAUUUACCGUAAUCAUUUGUGUGGACAUUAUUCUUGUUGUAAAUGAUUUCAUGGGACAAGUUAAGGAUGCCACUGAUGUAAAGAGUAUAAGACCUGCUGAGCUGUUGACUGCAGUAUACAUUCUCAUGAAGAUUAUCAUCCCAUUGAACAUACUCCCUCUAAAGCUUAAGCUCUUUGUCUACACAUUCAACUCGUUUUUGAGAGUGGAACGUUUCUUGAGGACCUGCUCACCAAACUUUUACAUUCCUGAUAACAGGUUUACUGGGGAUAUUCCUCUGCCAGAGGCGCUACCUGACAAGAACAAGACGUUGCCCAAGGGUCUAGUUGUAAUGUUAAAGAAGGCCUCCUUUGCCUGGGUUAACAGUAGAAAGGAUCUUCUUGACAAUACUGGCACAACCUAUCUGAGAGACCUUGACUUUGUCCUCAACUCUGGCAACCUUGCCAUCAUUACCGGUGCUAAAGGCGCCGGAAAGACCAACUUUAUCAAGGCAAUUCUUGGUGACAUGACUCUUGUUGAAGGAUCAAUGGCUGUGUUACCUCUCUCUACCAACAUGCCAAUAUUCUAUGCUUCUCAGGAUGUCUGGCUACAAAAGGGUACCAUCAGGGCUAACAUUACCUUUGGCCACAGAUUUGAUGAGAAGCUCUACAACACUGUUCUGAAGGCAGUUGAGCUGGAACACGACAUAUCUACUUGGGAAGAGGGUGACAUGCGUAAGAUCUCUGAACAUGGUUACUCUCUCAGUGGAGGUCAGAGAGUCAGAGUUGGACUUGCCCGUGCCAUUUAUGCCUACCUCAUCUUUAGCGAGACUAAUAGAGAGAGCGGAUCUGACCAUUCCUUCCUUGUAGCCCUUGAUGACUGUUUCACUAGCUUGGAUCCAUUCGUGGCGAGGACCAUCUUUAGGAAUCUUUUUAAUGUUAAUGGUGGACUAUUGGCAAAGGAUGAUGUAUCUGCAGUUCUAACGAUUUCCAAGCGUAUUUUGGAAGCUUGUGUAUCAUCAGAGUCUCCGGAUUCAUUCCCAGAUGCCCCAAUAUAUUUUCUGGAGAACAAGGGUCUUAUCCAAGAAAACAGACUCAAGUCUUUGAUAGAAAACGAAGUUGGUCGUCUUGAGCCUCCAAAGCCUUCUUUCGAUAGAGUGAAGCUUUCAUCUGUAUCACGUGAUAUCCUCAAAAGAUGCAGUUCGGAUGAUUUUACCAAACUUGGACGAAGAAGGUCAACGGAGUCUAGAUACUCUGAUUCUCCAACAGUUCAGAUGUUAUAUGAUAGGAUCAACUUUAAACGUGGAAAGAACAAGAACUUCAAACCGUAUCUGGUGUAUCUCCGUGCGGCGGGUUGGUCCAUUAUGUUCUUCUUCAUAUUUACAUUUACUUUUGCAACACUGGAUAGUACAAAAUUUGUAAUUACCUCAAAGGUCUCUGACUCUAUCCUUGAUUACGCAAAUAAACAUUACAAGACAUCAACUUCACUGGAGGAUGUUAAAGAAUACUGUAUUAAGGCAUUACAAUGGGUUGUUGUUCUUUCCAUCGCUGUUAUGGUUGGAGCUUUCUUCCGUGUAGUUGCUAUGACAUCUGCUUCUGUUAACGUUUCAAGGAGAAUCCAUGAGUAUUGCAUCAACUCUCUAUUUGUUAACAGUUCUACGGUUCUAAAGAUCAAAAAGUCAUUGAGCAGUGUACAAACAUUCUUGUACAUGGAUAUUCUUUCCAUUGACAACUUCUUGAGUUACUACCUUCACGAUGUUUUUGUGCUUUCCAUUGAAACUGCAGUUCAGAUGUUGACGCUAUUCUUCAUGAUGCCAUGGUCCACUCCAAUUGCUAUAUUGCUUGGGUUUGUAAUCCUGAGGUUUGUAGUAUAUUGCUACGUAAAGUCAUGCAAGAAUGUCUACUUUGCACGUUUGGAAACUUUCAACCAGAUAAAUGCUACAAUUGAAUCGGCCAUUUCUGGCCUACCCCUCUAUCGUAGUUUCAAGAAGGAAUGGGAGUUGGUGCAUAGCCUUGUUGAGCAUGUUGAUUACAACUUGAGAUGCAACUACUUGACUUUCUCCGCCACGACUUGGACGUCCAUUUCAUUCAGAACUCUGCUUUCUCCGUUGGCAUUGUUCAUCCUUUUGUUCCCUCUGGUAAAAUCCAGGGUGUCUGGCACAGAGGUACAGGUGGGCUAUUAUGCCAUGGCAUAUUCUGUAUUCUUGAGUCUAAAUGGCACAUUUGCAACCUUCCUUAAACUCUAUUGCUUCCUUGAGCUAAUGUUUAUUUCAAUCGCAAGGUUCGAGUACUUUGUCCCUCCAAGCACCAAGAUCAAGUUUGACAAAAAGAGGAACAUUCACCGGACAGAUUUUGUCGUGGACCGUUCUGCAUCAGCUGGAGACGAUAAGAUAGCAGAUGAAGAUAUCAAGGAUACCCUUCGUAGAAGACGUCAUAACGGGUAUGCCAAGAGAAGGGCUUCUAGAUGUACUAGUCUCAAGAUGCUCUUCUUUAGGCACAAGGUUAAUGUGCUUGACGUGUCCAAGUAUGCAGUUCCAGGUACUACUAGGAUAAAGUUGGAUAAUGUUAGUGUACAUAUUUUUAACAAAAAAACCGGAGUGAAUUUUUCUAUUCUCAAGAAUGUUACAUGUUCAGCUGAUACCUCGGACAUUAUUGGAGUCAUUGGCAGAACUGGUGCAGGGAAGUCUACCUUAUUGUCAGUACUUCAAAAUUUGGCAAGGAAUAGAGAAGGUUCUGUAUUCUUAGAUGGCUGCGACUUGAAUGAUAUGCCAAAGAGUGUUACAAGGCAGGUCAUUGGAGUCCUACCUCAACUGCCCUUCGUAUUCAGAGGUUGGACUGUUCGCAGAUUCAUUGAUCCAAGAAUGUUAUUUGAUGAUGCUGACAUUGAAAUGGCUCUGGAGCACUGCGGCUUGAUCAAGUUUGUCGAAAACAUUCCAGGUGGAAAGGGUCUUGACACCAUCAUCAUACCUGACCAUUACCACAAGGAUAUGCCAAGGUAUUUAAAGAGAGCUUAUUAUGGACCCACUCUGAAACCGCACGACUCGCCUUCCGCGGAUAAUGUAAAUAUCGAUUAUGGAUCUGUGCUUUCAAGCUCACAAUUACGUACACUAUCAGUAGCAAGACUAGUAUUGUACAGAGAAUUCUUCAAGGUUCUUUUGGUUGAUGAACCUCCAGAGGAUGAACUUGGAGCUGCUGCAUCAAAGACUGCCGACAUCCCAAUUUAUGAACUCAUAAAGACCUACUUCCAACACUGUGCAACAUUUAUCGCAGCCCACAAUACCAAUGUGUUGCGUUUGUGCACCUCAGUCUGGGUCUUCCACAAAGGUUCUCUCAUUAGGACCUGUAAAGCUGAGGAUAUCGUAGACAGUAGUUCACUAUCAAAAAUUGUAGAAGACUGCAUUACCACACACGCUUAA